AGUUGGUUUUGCUCCCGCGAGAAAACAGUAUCAGUGAUUUACUCAGUUCAAUAAUAAGGAACCUGAAAUGGUCCUGAAGUUCCUCACCCCCGCGCAGAAGAAAUUCUACGAAGACAAUGGGUUCGUGAAGCUGUCGAAUGUUCUGAGUCCCAAAGAGUUCCAGGAGAUUUCCGAUGCUUAUGACGAUAUUUUCGCGCGGAAGCAGAGGGAACAUGUGGCGGAGCUGGAGAGCUCGUGGGGUGGAACUGACAUGAAGAAAUUGGCGCAAAAUAGAGAUUAUACGGUGAAGGCAGUUCACGCCCUCCAGCUGCACAGCGCAGUCUUCACCCGCCUCUUGCUGCACCCGAAGCUCCUGGACGCCCUCGAAGACAUAAUGGAGACCCCCGACAUUCUCCUGCACCACACAAAGGCCCACCUGAAACCCCCCGAGACAGGCGCUCCCUACCUGAUGCACCAGGACUACCCGUACUUUCCCUUCAAGAACCACUCAAUGCUCGCGGUGUUUCUCCACCUGGACGACACGACCCCCGAGAACGGGGGGCUCGCCGUCUACCCAGGAAGUCACAAGCUGGGGCCUCUGACCCCUCACACAGCUCACGACGAGCAGAAUGGAACCACCUUUUACGUGGAUCCCGAGAGGUACCCCCUGGACAAGGCCACCCCAGUGACCGCUAAAAAGGGAGAGAUCGUUAUUUUCUCGUAUCUCCUGCUGCACGGGUCUUAUUUGAACCUGUCGGAGCGACCGCGCAGGAUGUUCCUGGCGCAGAUCAGGGCUGCCGAUGACGAAGCCACUGAGGAUGUUCACAAGUCGCCCUGUCAUGACAUGGUCCUCAGGGGGAAGAAUGUUCGACGAGAGGCGAGGAUGAAAGAUCGUUAUAUUCAUUGAUUUUUGGGGUGGAGGUGGGGUUUUUGGAGUCUUCAUUCGGACUUGAUUGGCUCCCGUUUGAAAGAGUGAUCAUUGACUGAAUUGGUUUUGUGAAUAAAGAAUUGAGAAUUGUAAAUAAUAAGGAAAUACUAUUUUUUCACACAUUGUCAAAAAAAAAAAUUCGACAAAUUUUCUCAUGAAAAUAGAGAUUUUUCAUUCAAUUCUUUUCUUCUUUUAUUCGACAGUUCAUAUAGAAUUAUGUCAAUUUCAAGAUAUCUUCAAAUGUUUUUUUUUUAAUAAAAAAUAAUAAAUUCGGAAUGUUCAAGUGAAGCAUGGUCCUCAGGCGAGGAUGAAAGAUCGUUAUAUUCAUUGAUUUUUGGGGGUGGACAGUCUUCAUUCGGACUUGAUUGGCUUCUGUUUGAAAAAGUGAUGAUUGACUGAAUUAUUUUUGUGGGUUCGGUGGGCGAUCAGCCUGAGGCCUGGAUAAUAAAGAAUUGAGAAUUGUAAAUAAUAAGGAAAUACUAUUUUUUCACACAUUGUCAAAAAAAAAAAUUCGACAAAUUUUCUCAUGAAAAUAGAGAUUUUUCAUUCAAUUCUUUUCUUCUUUUAUUCGACAGUUCAUAUAGAAUUAUGUCAAUUUCAAGAUAUCUUCAAGUGUUUUUUUUUAAAUAAAAAAUAAUAAAUUCGGAAUGUUCAAGUGAAGCAUGGUCCUCAGGCGAGGAUGAAAGAUCGUUAUAUUCAUUGAUUUUUGGGGGUGGACAGUCUUCAUUCGGAGUUGAUUGGCUCCCGUUUGAAAGAGUGAUGAUUGACUGAAUUGGUUUUGUGGGCUCGGUGGGCGAUCAGCCUGAGGCCUGAAUAAUAAAGAAUUGAGAAUUGACUGGAAAUAAUAAAAAAAUACUAUUUGUUCACAAA